AUGCAAAUAGGUGAAUUUCUUGUAUCUAAAAUUUCUAAUGUUGUUAAUAAUAUCAGUUCAAAUAAAUUUAAUAUUAGAUGUAUUGCUUAUGCAUUAAAUCUUAUAGCAAGUGAUAUUGUUAAAAUUAAAUCUGUUAACUAG